UUAUGGAUGACGCUCCCCCCGGCACACAGGAAUAUAUUAUGUUACGGCAAGAUUCCAUCCAAUCUACGGAAUUAAAGAAAAAAGAAUCCCCCUUUCGUGCUAAAUGUCACGAAAUCUUCUGCUGUCCUCUGAAGCAAGUGCACCUCAAAGAGAACACAGAACCUGAAG